UGCUCGAUGAACGCCAUAUGUACGGUGUGGAGGGAGAUCUUUUCUUUUAGAGGAGGAGAUUUUUAUUUCGAAAGUAGGCAGAUCUUGUCCUGAUCCCUAGAGAAGCGAUUAAAAAGUAAGGUGAGGCAGGGAGAGAGGAGAGAUUUUGUUAGGCCUUGAGAAAACUCCUUACUGCUGUCUGAAAUGGUGAUUGCGUGGAAAACUCCAGGACCACUUCUUUGUUGAUUUCAUGUCAUUAUCGGAUAAAUGUCGCCAGCACAAUCAAGGCCAAAUUCUAUUUACCGUGAGAAUGACGGAAAUGACUCUUGCCGUCCUGAGAAGCAUUCAUCAAUUGUAAUUGGUUAAGGAAAUCACCGACUUUGAAUCUUCUGCACUGCAUAAGAAUGGCAGUUCAUCACUCCUUUGAGGGUGGUACCUUGGAUGAUGACGGGCGUCUGCGGAGAACCGGAACCUUAUGGAGUUGCAUUGCUCAUAUCAUCACUGCGGUCAUUGGAUCUGGAGUCCUGUCUCUAGCUUGGAGUACGGCACAGCUGGGGUGGAUAGCUGGGCCGGUGUCCUUGCUUUGUUUCGCAAUAAUCACCUACGUUUCCGCUUUCCUUCUGUCCGAUUGUUACCGGUCUCCUGAUCCCGUAAAAGGAAUGCGGAAUUAUUCUUACAUGGAUGCGGUUAGAGUAUUUCUUGGUACAAAAAGGAUGUGGGUAUGUGGUUUGCUUCAGUAUCUGAGCAUGUAUGGCACGGACGUAGCCUAUGUUAUAACUACUGCAACCAGCAUGAGGGCUAUUGGGAAAUCGAAUUGCUAUCACAGAGAAGGGCACAGUGCUCGGUGCCACUAUGGUAGUAGCUUCUACAUGCUGCUAUUCGGGAUUAUACAGAUUGUAAUGUCGCAGAUACCAGACAUCCACAAUAUGGAAUGGCUUUCAGUUGUCGCUGCAAUCAUGUCCUUCUCUUACUCUUCCAUUGGACUAGGACUCGGCUUCGCAAAAGUCAUAGAAAAUGGAAGAAUUGCGGGAGGGAUUGCAGGAGUUCCGGCUGCUAAAGUCGAGAAAAAGAUAUGGAAUGCUUUCGAGGCGCUUGGAGAUAUCGCUUUUGCAUAUCCAUACUCUCUCAUUCUUCUUGAGAUACAGGACACUCUAAAGUCCCCUCCACCUGAAAACCGAACGAUGAAGAGGGCCUCCAUGGUCGCAAUCUUCAUAACCACUUUCUUUUACUUCUGCUGCGGAUGCUUUGGAUAUGCAGCCUUUGGGGACAACACACCAGGGAAUCUCCUGACAGGAAUAGUUAACGGGGAGGGAUUCUUUGAGCCCUUCUGGCUAGUCGACUUUGCGAAUGUGUGCAUUAUUGUCCAUUUGGUUGGAGGAUACCAGAUGUACAGUCAGCCCAUAUUUGCAGCAGCAGAGAGAUGGCUCAUCAGCACAUACCCAAAUAGCAGGUUUGCGAACAAAUCCUACACACUCAGGCUUCCUUUGGUGCCGGCUUUCCGGAUGAAUCUUUUCAGGCUGUGCUUCCGCACGGUGUUUGUCAUGUCCACUACUGGAAUCGCCUUGUUCUUCCCUUAUUUCAACUCGGUUCUAGGACUGUUGGGUGCAAUGAACUUCUGGCCCUUGGCGAUAUAUUUCCCCGUGGAGAUGUACUUUGUACAAAAGAAGAUCGGUGCUUGGACAAGAAAAUGGAUCAUCCUUAGAAUAUUUAGCCUUUUCUGCUUAAUUCUGACAAUUCUGGGCUUCAUCGGCUCAUUUGAGGCACUUAUUAGUGCCAAACUAAGCUGAAAAACUGUAGUUUUCCUUCCCUAAAAAUACAAAAGUGAAAAUCAGAUUAUUAGUUCCUUGUUU